CUUGACUUAAGUCACAACAAUGGUGCCACGUGACAGGUGUGAACAUACACAAAACAGUCAUCGUUGCUGAUCUCAUUGUAGCACUAAAUUUCAAUGUUGACGGCGUAAAAUGGCCCCAACUUUGUACAUGGUGUACCCAAGUCCGCCGGUUCGAGCUGUUUUGAUCACAGCAAAGGCCAUUGGACUUGAAUUAGAACUCAAAGAACUGAACUUGACCGAAGGCGAGCAUCUAAAACCGGAAUUUCUCAAGAUCAAUCCUCAACACACUGUACCGACUCUGGUUGAAGAGGACGGUUCCGUUAUUUGGGACAGCCAUGCGAUUAUGACAUAUCUUGUAUCAAAAUACGGUCAACACAAGGAAUCCCUUUAUCCCAAAGAACUCCUCAAGCGUGCUAUCGUUGACCAAAGACUACAUUUCGAGUCCGGGAUCGCUUUCCCAAGAAUGCUUCAAAUUGCGGGCCCAAUAUUGCGCAAAGGAAAAACGAGUAUAGAGCCUGAGGAUGUGAAAUUAGCCCAUGAGGUUUACGCCUUUUUGGAAAAAUUCCUCGAUGGGAAAAAAUGGGUAGCCGGUGGUCACGUAACAGUGGCUGAUUAUAGUCUAAUUAGCACUAUUAGUACGCUAGACCUGUUUGUAAGUGUGGAGGAGGAUAUAUUUCCCAAGGUGAAAACGUGGAUGAAGAAAAUGGAAUCUUUGGGAGAGUAUGAAGCGAACAGAAAAGGACUGCAAAUGUCCAAGGAGACUGUGGAAAGCAAACUGACAAAAAAAUGACUACUGACAAACUAAAUUUUGUGAUAAUACAUACUCAUAGGAUUAAUUUAUUUUUUGUAUUUUUAUUUUGUAUGCGAACACGCUUGAGAAAUAAAAAAAAUUAUUCCGCACA